AUGGCCCUGCGACUCCCUCUCCGAUGCCGAUUGGCCACUCUGGCCAGCGCCAGCGCCAUCGCCCGUCCCCGAAUCGCCCGUCGCGGCCUUGCUUCGUUGCCGAACGCCGAUCCGUCGCCGGGAUCCCGCAGCGCCGCCAUCGUCGAGGAGCAUGCUCCGUACAUGGUCGCGACCUACGCGCGGCCGCCGCCGGUCUUCGUCAAGGGCGAGGGUUCGUGGUUGUGGGAUGUUGAGGACCGCAAGUACCUCGACUUCACUGCGGGCAUCGCCGUCAACGGCCUCGGCCACUGCGAUCCCGAGUUUACUCGGCUCCUAGCUGAGCAGGCCAAGGAACUUGUCCACGCUUCCAACCUGUACUACAACCCCUGGACUGGUGCUCUGUCUAAGCUGCUGGUUGAGAAGACGCUCGAGUCGGGCGCCAUGCACAACGCCGCCUCCGUCUUCGUCUGCAACUCUGGAUCCGAGGCCAACGAGGCCGCCAUCAAGUUCGCCCGAAAGGCCGGUAAGAUCGUUGACCCCUCAGGCGACAAGUACGAGAUUGUCUCGUUCCAGAACGGCUUCCACGGCCGCACCAUGGGUAGUCUGUCGGCCACUCCCAACCCCAAGUAUCAGAAGCCCUUUGCGCCCAUGGUUCCUGGGUUCAAGGUCGGCACCUACAACGACGUUGCUGCCAUCAACGACCUUGUAACGGACAAGACCUGCGGUGUCAUUGUUGAGCCGAUCCAGGGCGAGGGCGGACUGAUUGCUGCCACUGACGAGUUCCUUGUUGCCCUGGCCAAGCGAUGCCGAGAGGUUGGCGCCGUUCUGAUCUACGACGAGAUUCAGUGCGGUUUGUCCCGAACUGGCACCUUCUGGGCUCACGGCAACCUCCCCAAGGAGGCCCACCCUGACAUCCUCACCACCGCUAAGGCUCUCGGCAACGGAUUCCCUAUUGGCGCCGUUAUCGUCACUCAAGAUGUAUCGGACAAGAUGAAGGUUGGAGACCACGGCACCACUUUCGGCGGUAACCCCCUGGCCAGCCGCCUCGCUCACUACAUUGUCGGUCGCCUCUCCGACAAGAGCAUCAAGGAUGAUGUUCUGGCCAAGUCCAAGGUCUUCCAGGAGCGCUUCACUCAGCUGCAGGCCAAGUACCCUGAUCUCGUCAAGGAGACCCGUGGACGUGGCCUGAUCCUGGGUCUUCAGCUCUCCGAGGACCCUUCACCCAUUAUCAAGGCCGCCCGUGAGCGCGGCCUCCUCAUCAUCACCGCCGGCACCAACGUCCUGCGAUUCGUGCCCAGCCUGACCAUCACCGACGAGGAGAUCAACAAGGGUCUGGAUAUCCUUGACGCUUCCAUUGCGGCUACGCGAUGA